GCUUAUGCUAAGAAAAGAGGAAGAACGCGAUAGCACGAAGAUGCUGCCUUUUGAGAGCAGCUGUGGGCCGAAUGUGCAGCCUGAUUACACGUAAGCAGGGCGGUCACUGGCCUGCCAGUCACUCACAACAUUUUGUACUUGUUGUACGCAGAAACCCCGCCAUAACUAACAGCAGAAGUGAAUGAUAUUAUUGAGGAUCACUGCGAUAUGAUGCCGAGUUGGUGGCCGGAAACGGCGCAACAGAGACGAGUUUUCGAUGGUAGAGGUGUAUGAAUCCUUGACUAAUAGUGCCUGCAAUAACUCGUUUGUCUCACGGAGAACCUCGUUUGUCUCACGGAGAAACUCAUUUAUCUCAUGGAGAUCGGCGGUAGUGGUCGGUCUGUCCAUAGUGAUGUUCGUGAUGUGAUAAGGGUUGAUGCCACCCUGGGCAUCUUACUGCCGGCACUCACAGUCCUCCUAGUCAGGAGCUCCAAGACGCAUCCAAAACGUCUCUCCGUCGUGACGGCCGGGCUGCAGUCCUUCUUUGACGCGGCAGCCUACUUUGCUAUUUCGGCGCCGCUCGCCACCAUUGUCUUCCUCUCUAUGAAGGACUUUGGCAUUAGCGCGUCCAACUUUGAGGCCAUUGAGUCAAAGAUUACCCAGAUCGUUUCGGUCGUCUGCAUGCUGCCCCUGUUGUACCCUAUUGUCCUGCUCAACGCUACCGACGAGCCUGCCAAGCACAACAUGCGCGUAUUCCUGCUCAAUGUGGCCGCCUCGUUGUCGUUCUACACCUUUGUCUCACGUUGCAUCCACUGGUUCAGUAACACGCCCAUGCGGACCAGCGACGGCGACGUGAUCUAUAUGGACGACUGGGUCGAGGUGGAAAGUAUUUGCUUCAGCGACGGUCUCCGGGGUCUGAAAAAGAACCGUGUCUAUGGGUCUAUCGGAGCCGUAGGGCUAUCCGCUAUGAUCAUCGUCUACCUCUUCACAUUUUGGCAAAAUCUUGGUCUCCUUGGCUCCCGCCACCUCGCGGGGCGCAGCCGGUGGCAGGACUUGAUCUUCCAGCACCACGUCUGGAGACAAUGGCUCAGCAGGCACCCAUACUACGCAACGGCCUUCCCUUCUGGUCCCGCUCGGGCUCUCAUUACCCCUUCUUUGGGCAAUCUUUUACCUACGGCACCUUCAGCGGGAACUGUCAUAUGUACUAUCCAUGGAGUACGAGGGGGAUAG